AGUCUGCUUUUGACAAUUCACAUGAUACACAUACAUUUGCCAUAGUGAUCAACAACAGUCUCUCAGAGUAAGUUUUAGAAACUGAGUUAACAGUGCCAAAGCUGCAAUUUAAUAAUCCAGCAAACAAAAAACGGUGACCCUGUAAUUAAAUUAUUUACAUGCAUUAGAUGCACACAGUUUAUGGUCAAAUAUUUGUGAAUAACUGAACAUCAGUGUAUCUUGCAGCAUUAAGAUUGCCUUACACUGGGAAUAAGGGGCCAAAACGUCUUAUUCAAGUUAGAGUGGAAGAACUUAAGUGGCUUGCAAAGAACUCUGACCUCAACGCCACUGAACAUCUUUGGGAUUCACUGAAACACCAACUUUAUUAAAAGCCUUAUUACUGGACAUCAGUGCCAAAACUAUUGUGCUCUUGUGGCCAGUAUAUACCUGUAUUAUAUAGUUAUUAUAUAUAUACCUAUAUAAUUUAUAUGAAACAUCAUUAUGUAUGCUAGAGGGAACCUAUAAAAGCCAAACAUUCAACAGUAUACAGUGGAGUUAGACAAACCUACAUUGUUUUUCUUUUGCAGUUCUUUUCUCUUUACUAAAAUUGUUUUACAUAACUGAAUGUAGAUAGGUAUUAGAGUGUGUGUGUGUGUGUGUGUGUGUGUGUGUGUGUGUGUGUGUGUGUGUGUGUGUGUUAUUAAGCUGUUUAAGUCCAAAAUAUUUUCUAACCCACUGUGUGAUUUACAGUACAGCACUUGAGUUAUAAUCAGAUUUGACAGUUAGUAACUUUUAUAAAUGGGGCCAGUGUUAAAAUGUAAUAUUAAAGGACAUCAGAGUGGUUAAUGUGUGAGCUUACUAUGAUUUUGUUGUGCAGGAAAACAUAGCCUUAAUUUAUAUAAAGACAAAAGGGUGUCACUUUUGCUUAAGUGUUUCCUGAGAAAUUUGUGUAAUAUGUACAAUUACAUUUAACAUCAUAAUUAAAUAUUUAAUACAAACUGGUUCUCCUCUUUAAAAAAAAAUAAAUGUCUGGAUCUGUUACACAUUUUCUUCCCCCUUUGGAAUUAUUCCCUCCAGUGUUACAUCACACCAGAUGCUCGAUACACAUUGCUGUGGAGUUACACCCUGCCUCAUUAGUAGCUCCAAAUCUUUAUUAUUUACAGUAAAUCUGUAAAACUGAUACUCAUCAAAUGAUUGCCUAUAACUGUCUAGUUGUCUUUGCAAUAUGUGAUUAUGAAAAGAUGAGACUGUUUGAGGGCACAGAAUUAAAUUAAUAUUUUUUUAACAUUAUGUGAUUGAGAUAGAACCCUUUUGGUUUUAAGUAAACAGGUUUAAUAUGCAGUGAGGGGGAAAAGGUGCUUUUAAGUUGUUCUUAAAGAAUGGUUCUAUUCAUUGUUAAGUAUCUUUUCCCCAAGCUUUUGGAUGAUUGAUCAUUUUUGAGUGUUUAUUUUGAUUUAAUCAAUGUAAUACUGUUACCUAAAAUAAUGUAAAUCAUAAUCCUGAUUUAUUAUCCAGUUUAUUUAGAGCAUUUUUUUUUUUUUACAAAUAUUCAGGAAUUAACCUUAUUAGCAAUCUAUACCUAUUUAAAAAGUUUCUUAUUUUAACCAAUAACUGCAAAAGAUUAUUUUAAAAGUGUUGUCUCUUUUUUAAUACUUUUAUAUUCCUUAUACUGAAUUUCCUUUAAUGCACCAUGGGAUUUUAAUGUCUAGCAUAUAACUGACUGUAAAGUAAGAACAUCUAUAUAAUUUUCUUUGAAAUAUAUGUAUAUAUUAAACAAUAUUUUACAACACAAUUAGCUUUCCCCCCCCAUUCUGAUUUAUAGGUGUGGAGUUCUCCAUGCCUGCUUACUUUAUCUGUAUUAUCUUUUUAUAACUAAGUAAGUCCUUAAAAGUGCCACUGUGUACUGCACUAAAUGAUGUGCAACCUUUAUCCUUUCUAUUUAGAAAAUCAGGUGAGAUACAGCCCUCCCUGUCAAUCUAUUACAUACUGUGGCUUCAAAGUUCAGUUCACUACUUCUCUGACGAACCUGCAAGAAGGAGAUCGCUUACAAUCAUGACUGUCUUCGCAUCUUAGAUCCAUGCUUGAUUAAACUGAGAGCUUUGAAAAGGACAUUUUAAGGAUGUCUGAGUCAGCAGAUGUAGAUGAGUAUGAGCAUGGACGCAUCCGGGAGCUGCAACAGCAGCGCAUGGCUGUCCAGAAAAAGACUUACACUAAAUGGAUGAACAGUGUCUUCUCUAAAAAUGGGGAAAAAUUUGUCCUGAAUGAUGUGUACACUGAGCUCAAGACUGGAGUACAUUUGGUACGACUCUUGGAGCUCAUCUCCAGGGAGAAGCUGCCCACACCCAGCAGACGCACCCUUAGAGUACACUGUUUGGAGAACAACAGCAUUGCCAUAAACUUUCUUAAAACCAAGAUCAGAGUAGAUUUGAUUGGACCAGAGAACAUUGUGGAUGGGGACAGAACCCUGAUACUGGGCCUCAUCUGGAUCAUCAUUCUCCGUUUCCAGAUUGGAGCAAUUAACCUUGAUGAGGACAGUGUCGAUGCCAGCUUAGCACGUCGUUCAGCCAAGGAAGCUCUUCUGAUAUGGUGCCAAAGAAAGACUGCUGCCUAUAAAAAUGUGAAUGUUCAGGACUUUUCCAGCAGCUGGAGAGAUGGACUGGCCUUCAAUGCACUUAUUCAUGCACACCGGCCAGAUCUAUUUGAUUACAAUCGACUUCAUUCAGAUGAAGCAAGAAGGAAUCUGGGCCAUGCUUUCAGCCUAGCUGAGAGUGAAUUUGGCAUAAUGCAACUACUUGAUGUAGAAGACAUAGUGGUUUUGCAUCCAGACGAGAAAUCCAUCAUGACUUAUGUCUCACUUUACUACCACUACUUUUCUAAAAUGAAACAGGGGAAAACCAUCCAGAAAAGGAUAGCAAAGAUUGUAGAGCUCCUGAAAGAGAUGGAAGACAUGAAAAGGGAAUAUGAGAACAUGGUCUCUGACCUACUACAAUGGAUCAAGACCAAAAUAGUGAUGCUAGAUGAUCGUUCUUUCCCGAACUCCAUACCAGGCAUGAAGGAGCUGGUGGCUGCCUUCAAGACAUUCCGCACUGUGGAGAAGCCCCCUAAGUACCAGGAAAGAGGUGCUAUUGAAGCCCACCUCUUUAAUCUGCGUACAAAGCUGAUGGCUAACAAUCAGCGUGCCUAUGUUCCUCCAGAGGGCAAGACCCUUGGAGAUAUUGAGAGGACCUGGACACUGCUAGAGAGGGCAGAAUAUGAACGGGAGCGCUACCUGCAAAAGGUUCUCUUUAGGCUGGAGCAGCUUGAGCAACUGGCCCAGAAAUGCCGCAAAGCAACACUCAGGGAGAACUACCUGGAGGACACACUGCAGUUGGUUCAGAAUUAUGAUCUAAAGCAACAGAAAACUCUGGAGGAAGCUCAGGUUGCAGCUCAGAAACUGGAAGCUUUAUGCACUGAUGUGUUGGCUCGGGAGCCUCGCUUUCAAGCUCUCAGUGAGAUGGCAGCCAUCAUUGAGAGAGAGAAUUAUCACAGCAAGGAACAGGUCAUCUUCAGGCAAAUGAAUAUCUCAAAAAAAUGGCAAGCUUUGCUCCAACAGUUGCAGCAGAAAAGAGAUUCUGUUGGAGAUAUUGUGGACACACUUGCUGUUCUCAAAGACACAGAACUGAUCUCUCUGGACCUCAUAGAGCUACAGGUCCAAGCAGCGUCUUCUGACCUAGGGAAGCAAUUACCAGAGGUGGAAGAUCUACUACAAAAACAAGAACUGUUGGACACCAAGAUCACCUCUCUUGGAGAAUCACUGAGUGCUAUUAGCAGUAGUGCCUUAAGGGGGAAACACAGGGAUGAUUCACAGGUUCAGAGGAGAGUGAAAGAGCUUAAAAGCCAGUACGACUCACUUCUGGCUCUCAGUCGGAACAGGAGGAGAGCCCUAGAAGGACAGCUGAAGCUCUUUGAGUUCUUCCAUGACUGUGAGGAAGUGGAGGCUUGGAUCUAUGAAAAAUGGCUUCUGGUGCAAGCAGCAUCUUUGGGCAGAGACCUCACUCAGAUUGAACAAGCAAUUCUAAACCAUAAGACUUUGGAAGCAGAAGUUCAGUCAGAGGAAUCUCUUUGCUUCAAGCUUGUGUCCAGGGGACAAGAACUGUGUAGAGGGAGACACCCCAACGAGAGAGAUAUACAGAAAUGGAUCCGGACUUUGCAGAAACAGUGGCAGCAACUUAGAGACCAAGUUUCAAACCGCAAAAACAGGCUGCAUGCAGCCAACAUUAUCAAACAGUAUUUUGCUGAUGCAGCAGAGGCAAACUCGUGGCUUAAUGACCGCAAGCCCCUUCUAACUGAUGAAGAUUAUGGAAACAAUGAGAUGAGCACCAUUGCCCUGCUCCAGCGUCACCAGAGACUGGAGAAGGAGAUAGGGGCAUAUGCUUCAGAGAUGAAGAGGCUCUCUGAGCAAGCCCAGAGUGCUGUCCAGUUAGCUCCACUAACAACAGAACCUCAGCAGACCAAAAUAAUCCACUACAGUGAUUCAUCAGAAGAUGAAAGAGCGACAGUGAAGAAAAAAGGAAGAAUUUCAGUGAAAUGCAGAGAAAGCUCACACAUCUCACCACAGCAGGAAUUUGAUGCCAAAAUUAGGUUCAAAUACAGAGGGGUAAAAUUAACCUGGGACCGUGGAGAAAUGCUGACAAUCCUCAGCAAAGAGCAAGACGAAAAAAUGCUUGUUCGAGAUUGUAAAGGAAAUGAACAACUGGUGCCUUCUACAUACAUUACAGUGCUUUCAUCAUCUCAAACCCUACCUGCACCUACAAAUAUAGUUCCAGAAAACCAGAACCGGAAAGUAAGCAGGCCACGACGUACCCGUUCCAUGCGCCGGGGAACUGCUGAAAUCUCGACCACCUCCAUGCCAGAUCCUCAUUUUCAGAAAGACACCAUAGAAAAUACACAGAGCAGCUUAGAGAAAGACUUUAACAAUAUCUGUGAACUUUUACAGUAUAAGAAAAAAAUCUUGGAUGAUAUGUCUCGAUUCCAUCGGUUUUAUAAUGCCUGUGAAGAAUUUGAGUCCUGGAUGAAGGACAAGGAGAACAUUCUUAAUACAUUCAGCUCCAGUUCUGAAAAUACUGAGACUGUGCAGGCUAAAUAUGAGAAUUUUCUUACAGAGCUGGCCAGUGGGAAGGGGCAGCUAAAUGACAUCACUAAACUGGGUGAAGAACUUGUGGAAAAGCAGCACAGCAAGAAGAGAGAGAUUCAGUCCAGACAAGCUCAGGUCAAACAAAGGUGGGACCAUAUACAGAUCUUAAAAGAUGAGAUGGCUCAGGAACUGCUCAGCUCAGCUGAUAUCAAGUCCUUCUUGCACACUUGUGAAGAUACAAAAUCCCAGCUCCUGGAGAAACUGGUCCAGCUGGAUAUGCCUGGUGUGGGCAGCUCAGCUUCAGCACUCCAGGCUGAAAAAAAAAAACAGGCCCAAGCUGAAAGGGAGAUCGAAGCUCUGGAGAGGAAGAUAGAAUACCUAAAGAGUGUGGCUAAAAUGAAGCAUGACUGCAGCCUGGCAGAAAGUGCUGCUAUCAUGGAGGAGGUGCAUGCUUUGGAGAAGCUGCUGCUGCAGGUCAAGAGACAGGCUGCAAAAAGACAGAGCACUAUAGAGGAGGCCCAACACCUGCAACUCUUCCAGAAGGAGUCCCGAGAUCUGCUGCUGUGGGCUGAGGCAGCGGAAAAACGCUUGCUGGAAGAAGAGAACAGCUCGGAUGUUUCCUCUGCUCUAGCCUUGUUGAAUGAAAACCAGGAACUAAAGCUAGAGAUUGAGCAGCAGAGAGCAAGGUUGAAAAGCAUGGAGAAGCUGGCGAAGUCUUUGGAAGCAUCAUCUGAAGAAAAAGUUUCAAAGGAUAUCCAACAAACUUUGACUCAAUUGAACCAGGAAUGGAGCAGGCUGGACAAACUUUGGUCCAGUCGAAACAAGCGGUUAGAGCAAGCACUCCAGCUCCAGAAGUGGAACAAAGAUGCUGAUCGAAUAGAUGCUACAAUAGCUGGUCAUGAAGCCAGGUUGAAGGUCAAAGACUUAGGGGACUCUGUGGAUGGUGUUCACAGCUUGCUUGGACGCCAAGAGGAGCUGGAGUGUUUGCUUGUUGCUCUUGACCAAAAUAUAAGUCUUUUUAGAGACAGGAGUCAGGAGCUUAUUGAUGAAAGCCACUUUGCAUCCAAACAGAUUCAGCAGCGAUCUUGGGGCAUUGAAGAACGAAACAUGAAGCUCAAAGACAGCUGGAAACAAAGAAAUCUGGAAUUACUUGUCUCCAAAAAAUUUCAGGAAUUCUGCAGAGAUGCUGAAGAGCUACUCAUCUGGAUGGAGGAGAAAUUUACGAUAGCCGAGGAUGAAUCUUACAGAGACCCAACUAACAUCCUGCACAAACUUAAAAGGCAUGAGGCAGCAGAGAAAGAGAUGCAGGCCAAUCAAAUCCGUCUUGACCGACUGAUUGAGGCAGGAGAAGAAAUGCUGUCUGAGGACCACUAUAACAGUCAGAGUAUCCGGAGAAAGGCUCGGCAAGUGCACAGUAGAUGGAAUGAGCUCCAAAGAAAAAUGGCAGAAAGAGGGAACAAACUAAGACAGGCUGGCCAACAGGAACAACUCAUGGAGCUACUUCAGGACUCAAAAAUUAAAAUAGAGGAAAUUCAGCGGAUGCUGCAGCAUGCAUCUAAAGGCCAUGACCUUCGCUCGAGUCGAAUGCUCCUGAAGGAACACAAGCAAGUUGAGCAGGAAGCUCAGGACCUUGCAGACAAAAUGAACUCCAUUGUCACCCAUGCCAAACAUCUGGCUACAAACCAUUUUGACUCUCAAAGAAUCCUUGAUGAGACAGACAUGUACCUGAAACUGUUUAAGUCUCUUGGAAAACCUCUGAAUCAGCGCAGAAACCAAUUAGAAGAAGACGUGGCUCUCUACAGCUUUUACCACGAUGUAGACUUGGAACUUUCUUGGAUUGCUGAACAUGACCCUGUAGCAGAUACCAGUAGUUAUACCAAAUCUUUGGUUGGGGCCAUCAACCUCCUCCAGAAACACAAGGAGCUGCAAGCAGAGGUGGCUGGCCAUAGACAGUAUCUUAAGCGCAUUCUGGACAGAGGCAGGGCUAUGGGGAACCAAGAAGUACACCAAAGGUGCAAACAUUUGUCUGCAGCUUGGGAAGAACUUGAGGAUGCUUGUGAAAAACGCUCUUUUCACCUCAAAAAAGCAAUCAAAAGAGAACAGAUCUUGCUUGACUGUGCUGAAUUAGAAGUCUCCUUAUUUGAAACAUCAGCUUUGGUUAGCACUGACUAUGGCAAAAAUGAAUUAGCCACGCUGAGCCUUGUGAAGCAGCAUCAAAUUGUGGAGGGGCAGAUUGAGGUACUUUCUGCCCAGGUGGAUGAACUAAAGUCCAGUGUGGACCAAGCUGUACAAGCAUGGGGUUUAGAAGAAGUUAAGAGACCUUACAACCACAUCAGAUCUCAGCUAACUGAACUGCAGCACUCAGCAGCAGUAAGAGGACAAAGGCUCCAGGAUGCCCUCCAUUUGAAUGAAUUUAAGAGGGAGUCCUCAGAACUGGAAGAGUGGAUCUUACAGGAGCGACUAAUUGCCUCAUCUGACAACUAUGGCUCUGAUUAUGAACAUGUCCUGCACCUGCAAAGAAGGUUUGAGGUCUUUCUGAAGCAGCUAGAUGUGGGUUGGGAGAGGAUGCGUUUAUGUCAAGAGCUGGCUCACAGACUCAUAAAAAACAACCAUCCUGAGAGAACAUUCAUUCAAGAAACACAUGGGCUACUAAGAGAAUCAUGGGAAGAGCUGCAGAACUUGGCCAAAAGUCAUAAAAAAGAAUUGUGUAAUUCAGAGGAAUGUUACAGGGUCUGCAAAGAUUUGACUGAUGCCCUUGGACUCAUAGAGGACAGAUACAAGUGUAUUCCUGAUGACAUCGCUAAAGACCUGAAAGGGGUUGAAUUGCAGCUAAGGAAACAUGAGUCAUUGGUAAAUGAGUUGGUGGGAAAUGAGCAGCAGACGCAGGUGCUACUGGACACUGCAGACUCCAUUUUAGAACAAUGCUCCCCAGAACUAAGAAGUAAGAUACAGGAGGAACAGCAAGAGGUGGUGGAAAGUUGGGAGAAGCUCCGUAUGUACAUGGAGCAAAGGGAGCAAGGCCUGCGGCUUGCAAAACAGCAUCAUAUUUUCCUCAAGACAGUACAGGAUUAUUCUUUGUGGUGUGCUCAAGUGCUGAGUGGCAUAAAGGCAGAGGAGUCUGUCCGAGAUGUGGCCACAUGUGAUCUUCAGCUUUUACAGCAUCAGCAACUGUGGGCUGAGAUUGUAGCCCAUGAAGAGACAUACGCUCAGGCAGUAGCUAUGGGUCAGCGCCUACUAGAGCAAGAUAUUCCCAAUCCACAGGAAGUCCAAGACAAGCUGAGAGCUUUCCAGGGUGAAAGAGAAAGGCUGUUAGCUAAUUGGGAAUCCAAGCAGAAAUGGCUGGAGAUCACCUAUCAGGAACAAGUGUUUUACAGAGACAUUGAACACAUGGAGAAGAUCACCAACUCCCAAGAAGUCCAGCUGAGAAACAGUGAUUUGGGGUCAACAGUGAAUGAGACAGAGUCUUUAAUCAAAUGCCAUGAAGCCUUUGAAAAACUUCUUAGCACUCAAGAAGCCAAAAUGGCUGCUCUUCAGGAAUCAGCUGAACAUUUGAGCAAAGGAGGGGUGAUGGGAAAAAAAGGAAACUACAAAUACACCCUGAACUCUCUCAGAGAACGGAGGGAGCGUAUUAAAGAUAUGUCUAUUAAACGCAGGAAAGAACUUGAGCUCUCUAUGCUUCUUUGCAUCUUCACCCGUGAUGCUUCUGAGGCUGAGGAAUGGGUGUCAGAGCACAUGCAGAAAAUGCAGGAGGAUUCCAAAAUGGACCUGAGCAACUUUCAGGCCAAGAUGAAGCUAUUGCAGAAGCAUCAGGUGUUUGAGGCAGAGAUUCUGGCUCAUGGCAAAAUAAUUGACUCUGUCCAGCAGACUGGAGAGGAGUUGGUCUCUCUUCGUCAUCCAAAGUCCAAGCAGGUAAAAAACAGCAUUUCCACUUUGAUUGCUCACUGGGAGGCUCUGAAAGAAGCCAUAUCUGCCCGGGGGAAAGUUUUAGAAGACCACCGUGACUUUCUAGAGUUCCUCCAGAAAGUGGAGCAAGUAGAAGUUUGGAUCAGGCAGAAGAAUGUCAUGAUUAAUGUUGGAGAUCUUGGGGAGGAUUAUGAACAUUGCCAACAACUACAAAAGAAACUAAGUGAGUUUAGAAGCUCCAGCCCUGGGGAUGUGACUGUUGAUGAUGCUCAUAUCAAGACAAUCAAUAACCUGGCUGAUCGACUUGAAAGACAGAAUUGUGACGAGCUGUUCACUGUGAAGAAACGCAGACAGCAAUUAAAUGAAAGAUGGAGUAAUUUCCAUGGAAACCUAAGCAGCUAUAAGAGGAAAUUAAAAGAAGCAUUGGAAGUCCACUCUCUGAUCCGUGAUCUUGAGGAAGUCAGGGAAAGAGCAAGUGAAAAGAUGCUCUUACUACAAGGUCAUUGUUAUGGAGAGGAUGUAGAGAGUGUAGAGAACCUUAUACGCAGGCAUGAGGAGAUGGAACGAGAGGUCCGAGUUAUCCAAGAGAGAAGCACUGUUCUGGAAAAAGAGACCAAAUAUAAAUUAAGGACACACCCCGACCUUUCUGACAAGCUGAGUAAGAAGCAGCAAGAAAUAAACAGCACUUUGAUGAAGCUGGAUAUGGAAAUGAAACUAAGAAAAGAACAUUUGCAGGAAUCACACCAGCUCCAGCUGUUUAAAGCCAACCAACGUCUGUUGCUAGACUGGACACUGAAGCAGACUGCUGAAAUGGGAAAAAAGGGCUUGCCAAAAAGUAAAGCUGAAGCAGAAAGCCUUAUAGUGGAGCACAAGGACUGGAAAGCAGAGAUGGAUGCACGUUGUGAGCGCAUUGAUUCAGUGAAGAAUUUUGGCCAGAACCUAGUGAAAUCCAGCCAUAGUGAAAAAUUAGAGGUAAAAAAAGCCCUAAGCAAUCUUGCAGAUGCUAAAGUCCGGCUCAUUCAAGCAUGGGAAGAAAGAAUGACAACACUAGACCAAGCUCUGGAGCUUCAGGUAUUCCUUGGUAAUUUUGAACAAUCUGAGAGUUUGUUGAGCAACAGAGAAGCUUUUCUGGCUAAUGAAGAUGCUGGGAGCUCCUUGUCAGAAGUGGAGGCUCUCCAGAGGAAGCAUGUCCUGUUUGAGAACUCUCUAGAAGCUCAGCUACAACAGGUGGAAGAGGUGGAGAGAUAUGCUCAACAACUGACACAAAGAAAACAUUAUGACUCAGACAACAUCACAAGGAGGAGUAAAGCAAUUCAGCUAAGAAAGGAGAGAUUGUUGGAGAUGAGUAAAGUUAGACAAAUAGCUUUGAAGGAAUCAUUCCUGCUACAAAAAUUUUUAGAAGACAGUUAUGAGGUGUGCUCAUGGUUAAAUAAGAAGAAAUCAGUGGCUCAGGAUGAGAACUGGAGAGAGCCUAUCAAUUUGCAAGCCAAGAUACUGAAACACCAGAGCUUUGAAGCUGAAAUUCUCGCCAACCGCAGUUGUAUAGAAGCCCUAAGAAAGGAAGGAGAGAAGAUGCUGGCUGCUGGUCAUCCAGCCAAGGAGAAAAUAAAAUCAAGAAUAAUGGAUCUAAGUGAAGGAUGGGAGCAACUUUUAAUCAACUGCAAAGAGAAGAAGUCACGUUUACAGGAAGCAUAUCAGGCUUUGCAGUUUCUACGCUCCUUGGAGGAUGUCGAGGAAUGGCUAGAUUCGGUUGAAGCUGAGUUGAGUCAGACAGACUGUGGCACAGACCUGGCCUCAGUUAACAGAUUACUAAAGGCUCUUCAGGGCUUGGAGGAAGUGGUGAAUGGACAUUUGGAAAAAGUUCAAAAUCUGGUGGCCGCAGCCAAAGAUCUCAGCUCCCAAGGCAAUUUUCAAGCUAGGGAGAUCCAGCAACAAGUUUGGCACAUGGCCAACAGGUAUAAUGGCCUGGCUGAACCGCUCCAGGUUUAUAGGGAUACUCUGGAAUCAUGGCAGAUCUUGUUCCAGUUUUACCGGGACAUUGACGAUGAAAUAUUAUGGAUUCAGGAUAAGCUACUGGGAAUGGCUUCUAAAGAGUUUGGUACUUCACUUGAAAGCACACAAGCAAUGGUCAAAAAGUAUCAUGUCAUAAUGCAGGAAAUCGCAGGUCGUACCCCUCUGGUGCAGGCAGUACUUGAGGCAGGACAGAAUUUGGUAAGAGCGAGGCACUUUGCCUCAGAAGAAAUCAGUGCAAGGAUGGCUGAAUUAAAGGGACUAUUUGACACAUUGACGACAGAGACUGAAAAUAAAGGCCACCAACUUGAAGAGGCAAUGAAAAUCCAGACCUUCCUCUCAGAGGUCUCUGACAUUGAGCUGUGGAUGGAGGAGUUGAAGCCAGUACUGGAGUCCAGAGACUAUGGAAAAAGUGAGGAGGCCACAGAGGCACUUCUCAGGAAGUUAGAUGGAGUGGACCUGGAGUUAGUCAACAACCAUGGGAAAAUCAACUCCCUGAAGGAUACUGGGGCUGAAAUAGAAAAGUGUGGCCACCCUAGCAGCCCUUUGGUGACCAAGAGUGUCACAAACAUGGAAAAGCAAUAUGAAACACUACUGCAGCUGUCAUCAGACUAUCGUACAGCAUUAGAGGACCAGUACAAUCUCUAUGUGUUUGAGAGAGAGACCAGAGACCUCAAAAGUUGGCUCAUUUCUCGCAAGACCCUUGCAGAGUGUGAUGAUUUUGGCCAAGAUCUUGAAGAUGUGGAGAACCUGCAGAAAAAAUUUGAGGAUUUCACAGGCGAAGUCAACACUUUGGGUCACAACAAACUAACUGCUGUUCAAAAGCUAAAAAAGCAAGUAAAAUCCUCAGAAACCGAGCAGAAGGAAAAGGCACUACUAAAUUUAUGGGAGGAAUUACAAAUGGCUAUGAAAACACGAGAAGAGAAUUUGCAAUCAGCCCAUGAGGUUCACCAGUUUGACCAUGACUUGGAUGAGCUGAAGAGCUGGAUAAGUGAGAAGGAAAUUAUGUUGGAUUCAGAGAACAGGGAAAUUGACCUGUUCAGUGUUCAAGCUUUUAUUCGACAGCAUGAAGGACUUGAGAGGGAUUUGGCUGUAAUUGAGGAGGAUCUGCAACGCAAAAAAGAAGAGGGUAGAGCUCUGGUUAGACGGUGUCCACAGUUGAGGGAAAGUCUAUCUGAGAGGAUGCAGGAGGUGGAGGAAAACUGGGAUAGCCUCCUGGAAAAAGCUGACAAGUGCAAACACAGAUUGCAGCAGGUCGUGGCUGUCCAGAGAUAUCUUAAUGACUGGAGGGAGCUCAUGGCUUGGCUUAGGGAGUCACUUUCCUUGGUGACAGGAGAGGAACUCAGAGGUGAAGUCAAAGACUUGGCACAGCUAAUCAAACGGCAUGAGGAGUAUCAUACACAGAUUGAGAGGCAACUUGACAAAUCGGAAAUGGUGAAAAUUAAAGGGAGACAGCUAAUACAUGAAGGAAACUUAAUGAGUGAGGAGUUGGAGGACCGUCUAGCAGAGCUCCAAGAUAUGGAAGCCCUGGUCCUUCAGGGCUGGGCUGAGAGAAGGGAUCUAUAUCAGCAAGAGCUGGAGCUGCAGCAGUUGCAAACAGAGCUGGAGCAAGCUGAACAUUGGCUGAACACAUAUGAAAAUGUACUCACUGCACAAGACUAUGGGGAUUCUGUUUCAGAUGUAUUAGAGCUAAUGAAAAAACAGGAGGAUCUGGAAGCAAUGAUACAAGCUCAGAGUGACGAUUUAAUACCUUACAUAACAGGAAAACACAGAAAGAGCAGCAGCUGGGGGAGAAUUAUGGAGAAGAUAGAGGUUCCAGGAAAAAGUCUUUCUGUGUGACUUCUCUAAAGAGAAACCAUUCUGAUCACUCUGCGUCAGUUUCUCAGCCUUCUGUUGCCAAACACAUCCGAGGAAGAAACAGCAGUAGGAGGUUAGAUAAUAAAACACUGAUCUCAGCCCCCCUGAGAAGAAACAGCAGUGGCAGGGGUGACAAUUAUUCUACAGUUCCUGGAGUUGCAUCUGGGGCCAGGACCAUCAGCAGUAGUGAAAUUAUUACCUCUGUCAAACCUUUCCUUGACUCUUCUCAAACACAAAACAUAUCCCAUUCAAGCCUUGCUUACAGAUCCCAUCUAGUUCCCAGCCCAAAUUCUGACCAAAUAUACAGGUCUGAAAAUGAAGUCAGUACAAGAAGAUACAAAAAUCUCUCCCACAAAUCCUUCUCUCUUGACACUCCUGGAGAAGCGAGGUCAAGUCCAAAUGAAGUGAAUGAUGAACAUUCUGAACCUAUAUUUCAUGAAUCAAAUGAAGAGAUAGAGGAACCUCCUAAAUCCAUACUACUUGAAUCUAAUAGAGAAAUAGAGCAACCUUUUGAAUCUAUACUUCUUGAAUCAACUGAAAAGAUAGAGGGACCUCCCACAUCCAUACCUUUUAACACCCCUGUAGCCAGUUCAGGAAAACUUGAAGCAAUCAAUAUUCCUUCAGCAGUGAGUGACCUUCCUACAUAUUUCCCUACUUUGGAGCCACUAUCACCUCCACCAUCUCAUAAACCUUGUCAAAUCACCCUGAGGAAAUCUGCAGAGGAAGCUAAAGAUUUAACUGAGAAACCUCUGGGACAAUCCACUCUAGCUUACAAGGCUAAAGCAGGCCUUUCUAAGAUGGAGGGACCACUGGAUAUUAAAGUGAAACAGGGAGGGUUUAAAGGUGUGGAUCACUGGGAAACUGUCUAUGCACUACUGGAACAAGAGAUGCUGAAUUUGUUUAAUGAUCAAAAUGAUGCUGGAGAGAACUGUACUCGAUGGCCACCUAUCACUGUAGCUGGAGCAAUUUGUAAAGAUAACCCCUACUACAGGAGAAAGAACUAUACCUUCAAACUCAUACUGGGGGAUGGCAGUCACUACCUGUUUGCUGCACCCUCUCAAGAGGAA